AUGGUCUGGCUUUAUUACCUCUACUACUUUACUAAACCGUUUGUAAACACACACACACACUCCCACAGCACCAUCUCCAGCCCCGCCCAGUCUCAGCUCUGUGUUCUCUCCCCCACAGGCAAGCAGCGUUGUCAUGGAGACAGGUCAGUGUUCUGUCGCAUGGAGGUGCUGAUCCACUACUGCACUCUGCCUGGCUACAAGCGCAUGUGCUGCAAAUCCUGCAGCAACGUGACGGACAGCAGCCUGAGCACCACCGCCCCUCCCCGGGUCACAGCUGUCCCCCUGCCUCGCCCCCGGCCUCUGCCUCAACCCAAGGACAACAACACCCCCUUUCAGCCCACGGUUCAUCCAAGAAGUAUAACACAUAUACCUUAUACCACGCCACGCCCAAUGAGCACCACAGACACUUAUACAGCACCCCACCCAUACUACACCACAUACCCCAUCCCCAUGACCCCAGAGCACAGUGUGACCCCCAGAGACACAACCAGGAAGUACCCCUCAUUCACCCUCUCCACCAGAACCAGCACAUACACUACAACUCCCAGUAGCCCUUUCACUGACGUCACCUUUGUCAGCAACGACACCACAGGUGCAUCAACCACAACUCCCAGCAGCCUAUUCUCCAUGGAUGAUGUCAUAAAGCCAACUGAAACCAACUACUUUGAGGAUGUCACAUCGCCCAGUGGAACCAUACCAUACACUGAUGUCACAAUGCCCAGUGGUGAUGAUGUCACAAUCCCUAGUGGAACCAUGCCCUAUGGCAAUGAUGUCACAAUGCACAGCGGAACCACGCCCUAUGGUGAUAUCACAAUGCCCAGUGGAACCAUGCCUUAUGAAGAUGACGUCACAAUGAUGACAGUGAUGAUUCCUACCGUCCCCAGCGAUGACAUCAUAGAUAUGACCACCCCUGAUUUGUCGGAUUUCACAGAGUACAUAUCUGUGAGGGCCACUGUUCCCACAACAGAGCAAACGACAGCCCCGCCUCCCACAACAACCAUCGCCACGAUGACAACAACAACAACCAAAAAACCCACGUGGCCGCCAAGCCGCCAGGAGGACACCAGCGAGAACAACUCCAUCGACGAUCCCUACAACCGGAUCAUCGGAGUGGACAAUGACAUCUCCCAAAACAACCUGAUCCCCAGACGAAGCCGUGUGUUCCUCAUGGAGAGAACACGGAACAAACGCAUCCAGGAACUCCUGGAGGAGAAGAGGAACUUUCUGUUGAGGAUGAAGCGGGCCCACAGGGGCGCUGCGUGA